CUGGUACUGCAGUAAACUGUAGAGGUGUCAGCAUUUAGUGAGGGUCUGUGCAGGGCUCUCAGUCCUGGGCUCACUAACAAAAGAGGGGCAGGAGGGGGGCACAGGCUGCCCAUGUGGGUGCAUUGCAAACAGGACAUCAAGGAUCUACUACAGCACCAGCCUAAAGGAUUGUAACCCCCCAGAUUUGUGGGGGGGAGAACCAGUGCAUUGGGGUCCCAGCUUAUAAUGCAGAGAUGUGAGUGAGACCUGGAGCUGCCUGCACAUCACACUAGAUCUAACUAAACAUGAAAACCCACCCAGCUAUUGUUCUGCUCCUCUUUUUCGUGAUCGGCUAUGGUUCUUCUGAAAACUCCACAACGUCAAGAGGCUGUGGACUGGACAUUUUUCCACGUUAUGUAUACCUUUGUGAUCUGGAUGCCAUUUGGGGGAUCGUUGUGGAAGCUGUGGCUGGAGCGGGUGUCCUAACAACCUUACUUCUUAUGUUGAUCUUAUUGGUAAGACUUCCUUUCAUCACAGAGAAAGAGAAAAAAAGCCCAUUGGGAAUACAUUUCCUUUUUCUUCUGGGAACUCUUGGAUUGUUUGGCUUGGCUUUUGCGUUCAUCAUACAAGAAGAUGAAGCUAUCUGCUCUACUAGAAGGUUCUUAUGGGGCGUCCUAUUUUCUCUUUGUUUCUCAUGUCUGCUUGCUCAAGCUUGGAGGAUCCGUAAGCUUGUUCGGCAUGGCAAGAGCCCAUCUGGAUGGCAUCUUUUUGGAAUGGUUAUAUGUCUGAUGCUGGUUCAAGUCAUUAUUGCUACCGAAUGGAUUAUCUUGACAGUGGUUAGAGACAAGAAGUUGGCCUGCAGUUAUGAGCCAAUGGAUUUUGUCAUGGUUUUAAUUUAUGUCAUGGUUCUCAUGGUGGUUACCUUGGGCCUCUCUCUUUUUACACUGUGUGGAAAAUUUCAGAAAUGGAAAAAAAAUGGAAUAUGCCUUAUUAUUACAACUUUUCUUUCUGUCUUAAUAUGGGUAGCUUGGAUGACUAUGUAUCUUUAUGGUAACAAUGAACUGAAGAAAAAGGACCAGUGGAAUGAUCCUACAUUGGCCAUUGCCCUGAUAUCGAGCGGAUGGGUGUUUCUUAUCUUUCAUGCCAUCAUUGAGGUCCAUUAUACCAUUCUACCACCUCCACAGGAAAACACAACAAAUUACUUUGACACAUCUCAGCCUCGUAUGAGAGAAACACCUUUUGAGGAAGAUAUUCAGCUUCCCCGAAGCUACAUGGAAAAUAAAGCUUUUUCUAUGGAUGAACAUAAUGCAGCCAUGCGGUCUGGGGGAUUUCGUAAUGGAAGUUUAGGAAGCAGGCCCAGCGCACCCUUCAGAAGCAAUGUGUAUCAGCCUACUGAGAUGGCGGUGGUCCUGAAUGGUGGAACAGAUAUCCUGCAGUUCAUUCUGAAUCAGAAAGAUGGAGCAAAGAGCCAGGUCUAAAGAUGAGCUAAGAUAUACCUUAGGACUCGCAGCUAAACUGAAGAACAGAAACAUCUUAUGAAAAGGAACAAUGUUGCAUAAACUUUUUCAAGUAUUUUAAUAUUAACCCAUUUUGGUUGGGUUUUACAUCUGUAAAAUGCUCAUGCAUGUUCCUGAAAUGUCUUGUAAAGCACAAACAUAUAACAUUUGAUAUAACUUCAUUACAUUGACAGUGUAUGUAAUCAUAAUGUAAUGAAAAGGCAGCCUAUACAAUUUUUGGCACCUUGGCAAUCUAAGGCUACUUUCACACUAUAAAAUUUAUCCGUUAAAAGAUCCAUUAUAAACGUCCGUUAGAAAAGCUAUAAAAACCGAUGUUAAACGUCCAUUACAAAAUCCCAUUCAAGCCUAUGGGAUUUUUUGAUUAUCCGUUAUGACCCGUUAUGGCCCGUCAUGACUAGCGGACGUUAAUUGUGACGGAAGAAAAAACGACACAUGCACUAAUUUUUCUUCCAUCACAAGAAACGGAUAAAUUAAUGGCUGUUAUUUUUAACAUUGAAGUCUAUGGCAAACAGAUGAGCCUUUAUGUCAUCCGUUUGCACCCAGUUUAUUAUAUCAGUAAUAACUUCUGAGCAUGCUCAGAAGAGGUGACAUCAGCAGACUCCUGCAGUGCUGAGGGACUACUACUACUCUCAUCAUGGAACAGACUUGUUUCCAUGAUGGGAGUAGUAAUUCCCCGGCUUCGGGAGUCUGCUGGUGGCUGGGGAGGCUACAUUAGUUUUUGCACUACAACCUCCAUCAUGGAACAGACUCUGUUCCAUGAUGGUGGUUGUAGAACAGGGGCUGAGGGAUUGAUCGCACCGGGUCUCACUUCUGAGACUCAAUGAAAUUAGAAGUUAUUAAACAGGGGAGCGGAAGGCAUGCUGCGCUCCCCUGUGAUGUACGAUGUAUUUACUGUACUUUCAUUUUUAAAUUCCCCGUCGGGAGCCCUGAAAGGCCGGUACAGAGGAGUCAUUCAGGGCUCCCAGCAGGGUUUUCAAAUAGAAGCGCUGCGGUGGGGAAAGAUAUAUAGAAUCGCUGGGGGGGUAUAUAUCUAGCCCCCACAGCACUUCUAUAUAUCUUACCCCCCGCAGUGCAUUUAUAUAUGUUCCCCCCGCAGCGCAUAUAUAUAUAUUAUCCUCCCCGCAGCGCAUAUAUAUGUUACCCCCGCAACGCUAUCAUAAGCCCCCGGCAGCGCUAUGAUUGAAAAGUAUUCGACAGCAGGGCAUUUGGCUGUGGCGAUGUGCUGCUGAAAGAAUACUUUAAGAAUGUUUAUCUAUUAGGUUUUUAUUUCUUUUGUUGUUGUCACUUUUAAGUACUUUUAAGUACCCAUAUGUCUGGCCCCCCCAGCACUUCUA